AUGGCGGGCUGCAACCCCGCCCACAUGCUGAUGGAGGAGAAGCUCAAGCUCAGCCGUGACAGUGAAGCAGAGGAGGUCGAUACGACUCACUAUCGUCGGCUGGUGGGCAGUCUCCGCUAUCUGGUCCAUACCCGGCCCGACCUGGCGUUCGCGGUCGGGUAUGUGAGCCGAUUCAUGGAGCGGCCGACGGUGGAGCACCUGCAAGCCAUCAAGCGCGUCCUCCGCUACGUGGCUGGGACGCUAGACUGUGGUCUGCACUACAAGCGUGCCUCCGAUGCGAUGCGCUACAUCGGCUACUGCGACAGCGACCUCGCCGGCGACGUCGACACAAGCAAGAGCACCAGUGGGACGAUGUUCUUCCUCGGUGAUUGCUUGGUCUACUGGCAAUUGACCAAGCAAAAGGUGGUUGCACUGUCGAGCUAUGAAGCAGAAUACAUCGCCGCCGCUUCAGCUGCCACACAAGGGCUGUGGCUGUCCAGGCUGCUCGAGGAGCUGCUGGGCAGCAAGGUGGAUGUGGUGGAGCUCAAGAUGGACAGCAAGUCUGCCUUAGCCCUGACCAAGAAUCCAGUCUUCCAUGGCAGGAGCAAGCACAUCCGGAUCAAGUACCACUUCAUCAGGGAUUGCCUGGAAGAAGGGAGCAUCAAGGCCGACCACAUAUCCACUACUGAUCAGCUGGCCGACAUUGUUACCAAGUCUCUAGGCAAGACCAAGUUCCAGGAGAUGAGGAAGAAGAUCGGGCUGAAGCAGAUCACUCAGCACUAG